AGGGAGUGACGCUGGACGCGCAAUCGAUGAAGACAUGCUGCAACACCAGAAAUUAGGGCAUGGGGGUGCCUGCGGAGCGCGACCGAAAAGUCCGGACGACCAGAAAGUCUAUCGCAGGCUCCAACAAACCCACUUUUCCUCAGAUUCUUUACAGACUUUUCCUUGCGCCCCGCUAUCUACUAUUUAAAAAUGGCUCGUCUUGCCAGUCCUUGUGGUUUCUUUCAGACAAACCAUGGCUAUUCUUGACGUUUUUCGAGGCCGUCAGCAGCAGCCGUCCCCCGACGGUGAUGCCCCGGCCAAGUUUCCCCAGUUUACCAUCUUUUCUCGUCCUGGCUCGUCGUUAGGGAACAGUACUCCCUCGUCCGGUCUAGCCACCCCGACCGAAGAAAAGGGUCUCACGGAAUUAGGUCCAUGUCCGGAGAUCGGUCGUCUGGCUUCGUGGAAAGGUGCCCUGAUUCUGCUGGUCACAUCGGGCUCCCAAUUCCUCGACAAUGUCUUCAUGACGAGUGCCAACGUCGCCUUGUCGUCCAUUCAAGACGCCUUUGACGUGUCUGACACCAAUCUCCAGUGGAUGAUCUCCGCAUAUACCCUUACCUUUGGUGGAUUCCUGCUCCUUGCCGGCGUCCUCUCCGACCGCUAUGGCCGCAAGAUGAUCCUCUGCCUGGGAUUGACCUGGCUAUCCAUCUGGACCCUAGCCAUCGGCUUCGGCCAAUCCUUCAUCCAACUCACCGUCUUCCGCGGUCUCCAAGGCAUCGGGGCGGCACUCACAGUCCCGUCCGCGAUCGGAAUCAUCAGCGCCUACUUCAGCGGACUCGAUCGGACUCGCGCACUCUCCAUCUACGCCUCCUCCGGCACGGUAGGGUUCUGCGAUAACCUCGCUGGCAAGGAGAAGCCCAAGAUGGAUUACGUAGGGGCCAUGCUCUCCACUGCGGGUCUGAUUCUCCUCCAGUUCGUCCUGUCUAGCGGUGGAGUCUACGGCUGGGGAACACCCUUUAUCAUUGUCUUGUUGAUCCUAGCCGUGGCUUUACUGGUGGCCUUUACUCUCUGGGAGAAAUACAUUUCCUACCCCUUGAUGCCACUGGGACUAUGGAAACUCCCUAACUUUGCUGGUCUCUGGAUAGCCGGAUUCACCUGCUACGGCAGCUACCAAAACGUAAUCUACUACAUCGUGCUAAUGGCCCAAGAAGUCGACAAGCUAUCAGCCGGCCAAACUGCCAUCCGAUUCCUACCCAUGGGCGCAAUCGGUUUCAUUGCGUCCAUGGGCACCGGAAAGGCCCUCGAAUAUGUCAAUGGGAAAUAUACCCUUCUUGCGGGGUUGGUGUUGACAGUGGUAGCUCCAAUUCCUAGCGCUAUUACCUCUAGUCCAGAGAAUAGCUUCUGGCUCAACGUCCUCCCCACAAGCCUAAUCAGCAUAACAGCCGUCUCCCUAAUCUUCGUAACCACCAGCACCGCCAUUCUGACGACCGUACCCGUGAACGUGAAAUCCCUCUGCGGGGGGAUGCUCAACACGGCCUUUCAAAUCGGGUCCGGCGUCGCACUCGCCAUAUCAGCAGCCGUCACAGAAGCAGUAGAUAUCAAAAAGGGACAUGAUCUGGCGCAUCAGUAUUCUACGGGAUUGUGGUGUUCGGCGGGGUUGGCGGGGUUGGGGUUACUGAUUGCGAUGUUUUCGGUGAGACGGAGGGGGAUUGGGCCGGGGGAUAGGGAUGAUAGUGUUUGUGCUAUUUGA